UUCAAACGCACGAGCUGCUGUCAAUACAGCGCUGUGUCGGAGUGCGCAUGCGCAGAACCAACUGAAGCGAAUGUGCGUGAGGUGACAGCUGUCCCGAUGAUAUCGAUGAACGUAUCCAGCAGCGACAACAGCCUUCCCCAGAACAGCCACGGCAAAAAACAGAAGAAGAAAAACAAGAAGCACCGCAAAGCAGCGGCAGCAGCAGUGGAGAUCUCUAGUUUGGAGCUGGGACCCCAGAUCCCCUCCUCCGAUGAACUGUGUCACAUCCUCACCAUCCACAGACCCGCCACCCCUCCAGAGUCGCCCCCGACGCCCCCGUUAAACCUUUCCCAGAGCCCUCCAGACCUGCAGCCUCCGGCCCCCAUCCCUCACUCCAUUCCCAUCACAGUGGCUCCCUCACCCAGCGUCCUCUCGUCUCCAGACACACCUUCCACUUCCAUAGCACCUUCACUAGCUCUACCUUUAGUACUCUCCACGACUCCUCCUACUCCACAGACCCCGGCCAAUCAGACGACCCCACCACAAGCUCUAAGCCCUCCCCCUCCAGACUUUUCCCCGCCUCCAGCAGAAUUACUUGGGUCAGAUGAUGAGGAACAAGAGAAUCCGUCAGAUUACUGUAAAGGAGGGUAUUAUCCAGUGAAGAUUGGAGACCUGUUUAAUGGCAGAUAUCAUGUGGUCAGGAAACUGGGAUGGGGUCAUUUCUCCACUGUAUGGCUGUGCUGGGAUCUACAGCGGAAACGGUUUGUGGCACUGAAAGUGGUUAAAAGUGCCCAGCACUACACUGAGACUGCACUGGACGAGAUUAAACUACUGAGAUGUGUGCGAGACAGCGACCCCACAGACCCCAAACGAGAGCGGAUAGUUCAGCUCAUUGAUGACUUUAAGAUCUCUGGUGUCAAUGGUGUUCAUGUGUGUAUGGUACUAGAGGUGCUCGGUCACCAGCUGUUGAAAUGGAUCAUCAAAUCCAACUACAUGGGGUUGCCUAUGGUCUGUGUGAAGAGCAUUCUUCGACAGGUUCUCGAGGGCUUGGAUUACUUGCACACGAAAUGCAAGAUCAUCCACACAGACAUAAAGCCAGAGAAUAUCCUGCUGGAUGUGAAUGAGUUGUAUGUGAGACGACUGGCGGCAGAGGCCACGUUAUGGCAGAAGGCUGGAGCUCCGCCCCCUUCUGGCUCCUCCGUUAGCACGGCCCCAAGGGAAAAACAGAUGGGUAAAUUAUCAAAGAAUAAGAAGAAGAAGUUGAAGAGGAAAGCCAAACGGCAGCAGCGUCUGUUGGACGAGAGGCUGUUGGACCUGCAGAGGAUGGAGGAGUUGGAUGGAGUUUUGCCGCCGGAUGCUUCUGGAAACACACGAGCGCUCUGGAGGCUCAGUGAGGACGGAGAGGAUGACGACAAACACGCACAAAUGAACGGUAACGGACACUCUAUAGGAGCUCUGAAUAAACACAGUCCAGAAUCGGGCUCGUCGUGGUUGGAGGAGGGCUGUAACGGCUUCGGACCCCUUCGCUUCUCCAGCCCUGGAUCGGGCCUGUCCGGCAUGUCCGGCUCCAUCCUGUCAGCUACCUCUGAGUCGGCUCUGUCCACUCUGUCCGGAUACUCCACGGAGCGCUCGCUGCUCUCUCCCAACACGUACUCUGCUGCUGAUUUCUUAGUGAAUCCUCUAGAACCUCAGAACGCAGAUAAAAUACGCAUCAAGAUUGCAGACCUAGGCAAUGCAUGCUGGGUGCACAAGCACUUUACUGAGGACAUCCAGACGCGUCAGUACCGAGCUCUGGAGGUGCUGAUCGGAGCCGAGUACGGACCCCCCGCUGACAUUUGGAGCACUGCGUGUAUGGCGUUUGAGUUGGCGACUGGAGACUAUCUGUUUGAGCCUCACUCAGGAGAGGACUACACUCGAGAUGAAGAUCACAUAGCUCACAUCAUUGAGCUACUGGGUACCAUUCCUCCACACUUCGCCCUGUCAGGCAGAUACUCCAGAGAAUACUUCAACCGAAGAGGUGAAUUGAGGCACAUCUCCAACCUGAAGCCGUGGGGGCUGUUCGAGGUGUUACUAGAGAAGUACGAGUGGCCGCUGGAUCAAGCAGCCCAGUUCAGUGACUUCCUGCUCACCAUGCUUGAGUUCAUCCCGGAGAAACGCGCCACAGCCGCCGAGUGUCUACAGCACCCCUGGAUCAACUCCUAACGCGCCGUUUUCCUUGUGUUCACUGCGUUUGUGUGGUCUGCGUCAUUUAGGUCCGUCUGAUCACUUGGUGCACACAUCCACCUUUCAGAGCAUAAACUCACUGCUAAGGUAAAACAUACUGGAGAUACAGUAUCUGAGCACAGACCUAGCUAGAACCUCAAACCUAUGUUGUUUUUUAUAUAUAUAUUUAAAGAAGCUAUGAUCUCGGAACGUGAUGGAGAGAAUAUGUCUGUAGUCUGUCGAGGUUUCAUUGUACGGUCAUUUAAUUGUGUAGAAGGGUCACAUAUUUAUAUGUUAAAAUAGUGCCUUGACAUGCCAUCUGCAAAAACAAAAAAGUAAAAAAAUAAAAAUAAGCCCCUCACCUUUUUAUAUUUGUCUGCGAAUAUGUGUGAGGAAUGCUUGUUUGUGAACAUACAGAAGACUGUAUGAAUACUUGACUGAAUUCAAUAAAGACUUGAGCUCUAAAACCCUGUGUACGGAAGAAUAAAGGAUCACUUACAAACACA